UGAACAUUAUUUCUCUAAAAAAGCUGGCUUAGUGUUAGACAGGAGACUUGGUCCACCAUGUCUACCCACGAUCUGCGCACGACUGGGCGCACGUAUUCUGUUCUGUUGGGCGUGGCCCUCCUGUAUGUAAUCGGGACGCUCGCAUCUCCGCCCUGAACACAGAGCUGCGCACGGUCACCUAGGGUGAUCGCCCUGUCGGUGUCUUUUGCCAGCAGAUCAAGGCCAUCGGCGACGAACUCCGUGAACUCAUAGAAACGGUUGCUGAUCGUGCCCUUCUUCACGUACUCAUGGGUGGCUCCCUGAUUCCGCUCCUCCGCCCUCUGCCGACCCUGUCCGAGGCUCGUUCGAUGCUGCAGCUCGAGGAGCAGACUCAGGCCCGCAAGACUGGAGCCCCGCGCCUCUUCCACACCACGCCGCGCUCCGCUCCACCACCGGUGGCCCCUUCGCCGGCGCCGCCCGCCGCACAACCGCCGCCAGGAUGGUGCCCCAGCCCCAACUACAAGGGUAAGAACCCAGUUUACCGUCCACCGAAGCAGGGCUCGUCUUCCUCUGCGCCUCCACCGUCGGCGCCCGCGGCAUCUUCCGCACCUCUGCCGCCUGCGACGUCUUCCUCGCCGAUUUCUUCCACAUGGCGUCCCCCCACUGAUCCAUGGACUGGGCUGCACCCUCACCGUACGGUGCGCCGCCCGCCUACAGUGGAGUCUGGGCGCCCGGCAUGCGCCCCUCUGUCGGCGCCCCUGGCCUUCUCGGGUCCCGGCCGCCGCCGCACGCCUACACCGCCUACGCGCCCGUGUACCAGUAUACUCCAGCACCAACAGCGUCGUCCAUGUACCCCUAUGGCGCUCCUCCAGUUCUGAGCUGGGAGGUGGGCGGUCCCUCGGCGCAACCUUCUUCAUCGACGUACCACCCUGCUGCCUCUACUUCGACUUCAGCUCCACCAACCUGGGAUCAAGCUGCUCUCAUUGCGGCUCUGAACUCGCUUACCACUCAGGACACAGGACCUCCACAGCAAGGCGGUGAUAGCUCGGUACAAUAGCUCCGGCGAUCUCUACACCAUCAGCGACGUACCUUCUUCGACACCUCACGCCAUGCAUGCUUCCGUGUCCCUCUGGCAUCGUCGCUUCAGUCAUCCCAACAUCAGUACCACGUCCAAGCUCCUUCAAGAAUUCCAGCUUCCACAUGAUCGAGAUUCUCAUGACAGCGUUCUGUGUUCAGCAUGUCAAAUGGGCAAACAUGUUCACCUGCCCUUUGGCACAUCUAUCAGUAGUAGUACUUUUCCUUUUGAGUUGUUGCAUUGUGACCUAUGGACCUCUCCAAUACUGUUUCUACCUUGUACUUGUGGAUGACUACUCUCACUAUAUAUGGACCUUUCCUA